UGAGUGACGGAUCGCGCGCCGGCCGCCCGUGCACGCACUAAAUUGAGAUCUAGGACGUUGUAUCUGUCACGAAACGUCUCUAACUAACAAGUAAAUAGUGUUAUCAGAUAUUUUAAUUCCUUAUCUGGCCAGGAGCUCUCGCUCAAACAUGCCAGUCCUUUCUUUCAGUGUCGUUUGUGAAGUGUUUGUUGACAGUUGUGGAGAUUUUUGAUUUAUAAAAUGGAUACGUUCGAUUAUUCGACUACGGAGAGUGCUUAUGAUUACUCUACGAUGGAGUACACAGGGACGGCGGAUUAUUGGAGCACAAUGGAUGCGGACGAGUCCCUCUACACCACUGUGGCUCCGCUUGAAGAUGUGUUUGAUUUCAGAACGUGGCUGUUCAACAGUCUUAUGCAGAACACGGAGAACACAUCGAGCAGCUUCAUCAAGGGCUUCAUCGCCUCUCUGUCCGUGGUCGUCGUCAGCGAGCUCGGAGACAAAACCUUCUUCAUAGCAGCCAUCAUGGCCAUGAAGCACCCUCGCUUCAUAGUCUUCCUCGGAGCCAUCUCGGCUCUAGUCUUCAUGACUGUAUUGUCUGCCGCUUUCGGCUCAAUAGCCACUGUCAUACCCAGGAUAUACACGUAUUAUAUCAGUGCGGCGCUCUUUGCCAUAUUCGGUAUAAAGAUGUUGAGGGACGGAUUCAAGAUGGACAAAAACGAGGGACAGGAGGAGUUGGAGGAGGUGCAGAGUGAACUGAAAAGAAGAGAGGAUCAGGAAGAAAAGGAAGAGACGCUAGACAUGCUAGAGCAGGGUCAAGCGGACCGACGGCGGAAACGCAACGCCAUCAUCAAGGUGAUACUGCAAGCGUGCACCCUGACCUUCCUGGCGGAGUGGGGCGACCGGUCGCAGCUCGCGACGGUGGUUCUCGCCACUCGGGAGAACAUAUUCGGGGUCAUCGUGGGCGGGUCGCUGGGACACGCGUUGUGUACCGGGCUGGCGGUUAUAGGCGGCAGGAUGAUCGCGCAGAAGAUCUCUGUGCGGACUGUUACAAUAAUCGGUGGUCUAGUGUUCCUAUUCUUCGCAGUGAGUGCCCUAUUCAUCGGACCCAACGCAUAGACAAUUGUAUAAAGCAAACGGACUGUUAUAUAAGUGACAAUAUGUUUAAUUGUAUAUUGUACAAUGUUGAUUGUUAGUUAGAUAGUUAGCUUAGUUAAUCUCAUAUUUAUGCAUCAUACGAAUAAAUUUAUCCUACCAGCAUUUUUUUAUGAUAGUUGUUGUAAUGUUUUAAACAUGUUUUUUUACAAUUAUAAUACAUACUUAGAUGGUUUGUUAGAGCUCAAGUAAAUCUUGGAAAAUUGGUUUCGAGUAUUCGAUACCAAAGUGUGUUUUUGUGAUCACAAGUCAACCAUCGUAGAUUUCAGGGUAGGUUUAUUUUUCCUUAAAUUAAAUGCAAAACUAUCGGUAGUAUGAAUUUGAGUUGUGUUUAUUGCUUAUUUAUUAGCUUAGAAGUCUUAUCGAAGAAACAAAAAUGGCUGCUAAGUGAUAUCUUAGUAAAUUAAUAGAUUCAUGCCGUGUAUACUUGCAGUCAGCGGUUAGAUAGCGGCAUUUACUAUAGGUACUGUUAUAGUAUUCCAGUCUAGAUUGGAAUUAUAGGACACUUGUAUUUUUAUCACACAAUAGCUAUCAUGAUUUGACUAAACCAUACGUGAAAACAUAUUUUGCCCAAUGAAGCCUUUUAAGCUCUAAAGUAUGUGCCUAGCCUAACUAUAAUAAAUUUUAAUAUGAUAUUUUUUCACGUAUUGUGUAAGAUAUUAACAUCUGCAAAGGCAGGCGGGCGACUGAACAAGUCGGUUGAUAACAUUGAGAUUGUCGCUUUAUUGAUACAAUCUGUGCUAGUGAUAGUGGGAUUACGUUGUCAGAGUUGUCAAAUAAAAUGUAUUUGCGCUCGUUCCGACGUACUGCCGUUACAUGCGUUAACUUUUUUUACUUUUCAUACCUGCGUAUAACUUUCGUGAAUAAAGAAAUAUAUGGCGGACGGACUCGUGCUAUCUCGCUCUAAUUGUAGAAACUACUUAUGUAAAAACCGCCAUUAUUUCUUUAUUUACGGUUCUAAGGGCAGAAUAAGUUUCAAGUUUUUUUUGCAUUUGUUAUACGUAUCAGUUGUAUAGGUACUCAGGUACAUGAUUUUUAAAUUCUUAUGUGAAAAUAAUCUUCAAACUGUCAAUGAUUUUAGUAUGUGCUGACAGUUCACUAAUACAUAAUUACAAUAUACAAAAACAACUUGGCUGUACCAGAAUUAAAUUAUGGGUUGUCCUUGUAAGUAAAAAGAUACCCGUUAUAAGUAAUUAUGAAUUGCAGAGAACUUGUUAUAUAGUCUGUGAUGUAGAUUUUAAUUAAUAAUUAUGUAUAAAAGCUAAGUACUUCAAUGUUAUCGGAUCAUUAAAUUCCUCAGUAGGUAUGUAUUUUAAAAAGUAUGUUAGAGAAUAUGUUCAUGAAAAAUUAUUUUCCGAAUGAAUUUGUUUAUUUUUCUAAUAUAUAUUGUAAAUGCACAGAACCAGUGAAACAGGUCAAUACCUUAAUGAAUAAGUCAUGUUAAUGUGUGUAUCAAAUAUAGCAUUAUUGCACUAUGUCAAUUCAUACUAUAUUUGGUCAUACUUUAAACAAAAAUAUUGAGAUUGGUUUUGAAGAUUACACAUUUAGCCUAGUUUUAGUCAUUACCAUUUUGAGCAGUUUCAUUUUUUUUUCCUCCUACUAUACUCCUAUAGUAUUCGAUGUGUUACAGAAUUACGAAUUAAUUCCGCGCGGAAAAAUAUUCGCGGUGCCGACACGGCCUAAGGUAGUUAUUUGUGAAACUAUAUUUUUUUAUUAUAAUUAUAUGAUAUGAUGUGAAUUAUUUAAUAAAGUUAUUAUCUUGAUUUAAAAAUGACUUCAGUUUGUCUAUAUUUGAAACAUAAAAUAUAACUAAACUUACACAGCUGUAUUUCUGUUGAUUUUAUUUAGGCGCUUUAAAAACAAAACGUUAACUUUCAUAUUUAUUCCAUAAAAUUAUUUUGUAGAAAAAGUGAUAUGAAUUUAUAUUUUUAUAGACCCUUUGUAUGUGUUAUUAUUUUGUAUUACCUAUUUUUAUAAUACCAUUGUAUGCUUGCUAGAUUGAAUUACUGGUUAAGUAGGUACAAAAGUUACUGUGCUGCAAUUUUUCGCAUUGCUGUUCUAUGGUAAUGUAAAAGUAUUAAAUAAGAUUGUGAAAUGAAAAAUUAAAUAAAAAUUUACAUAACGUAUA